AUAUUAUUAACUGUUUUUCAAACGGAUAUCAGAUCACAGUUUCACUAAAAACAACAUGAAACAAAGAGCCAAGGUCUUCUGGGAGCUUUUUGUAAUAUUUUCCCUUAUAGGGAUAACCUUACAGCAAGACACGACAGUAGCUGCUGUCACCACCGACGGAAGUACAAAAACCGCCGUCAGUGAAAAACCCAAUCCUGCUGCUGCUAGUCCAGGGUCUUCGGUUGGAAGCAAACCAGCUUCUAGCUCCGGGUCGAGGUGUCAGCCAUCAGAAAUUUUAACCCAGGAAGGCUGCGUUGAUCGGGAAUUCUAUUUGAACCGCAUAGUCAUGCGCUACUGGAACGACGAAGGAUUUGAUAAGAAGAAAGCCAGGUCUGGAAGGGUGCAAACUUCAAAAUGUAUAUUAGGCCAAGUGAUGACCCCGGAUGGAUGCAGAAAUAUGUUGAACAAUCCGCACGAUGGAGAGGCACGGGUCCCAGUACGUCACAGCCACUUAGUUGGCUCCAAAGUGCAUCAUUAUUCUUAUGUAGCCCAGCCGGAUGAGGAGGAAUCACAAAACCGCAAGCCCGCUAGGCAUACCAAAGAGAGUGGGGGAGCUCACAUUUUGGGUGAAAAUCGACCUCGAAUGUACGUAUUUUUACCGGGAAGACAACUGCGCCAUAAGAAAAGGUGUCGAUCAAACGAAGUGAGAGGCAUGGGAAACCGAUGCAUUCGCAGGAGAAGGGAACACACACGAAGACAACCUCAUGAAUCUCACACAACCCAUCAUCAUGAAUCUCACACAACCCAUCAUCCUGAGGCUGGCGUGCACACGGUAAAAGGCGCAGGAGAAGGUCAUUAAACAA